AUGGAGAACGCACCAACCUCCGAGGGGAAAGACCCCUCUGUCUUUCUGAGUGAGAUCAUCGGUGCGCCUGUGAUUGUGAAACUGAAUUCCGGAGUGGUCUACAAGGGUGAAUUGCAAUCGGUUGACGGCUACAUGAACAUCGCCCUUGAAAAGACCGAGGAAUAUGUGAACGGAAAACUACGACGAAACUAUGGGGAUGCUUUCGUCCGUGGAAACAAUGUGCUCUACAUCUCUUCCAGUUGA